UUGUUGUGACAUUUUGAUUUUUGCUAUUCUGUUGUGAAAAAACGAUGAAUGUAAUGCUCUUCAACCUUGACUUGUUGGAAAAAAGUGAUGAUUAAAUACUACACAUUGUCGUAAUAUGAUAAACAAUAUAAAAAACUUACAAGGAUUGUAAAUUUGCUCAUUAUGGGUUGAAAUAAUAGUUGUCGGCUGCUAUAAUUCUACGUUGAAUUUAUAACUGGUAUUUUAUGUUACAUGUGAUAGAGUACAAGUACAAUACUUUAGCAACAUGGAAUUAGACGUAUCGCCUUUGAAUCAGGCUGAGAACAGCAUGGAUUAUUCCGAUAAUUCGUCUGAAAGUAAAUAUUUGACUUGCAACAAUAACGAACAAUUUUCUGUCAUUCGAAUACCCCAAGAUGGUGAGAAAUCCAGUAAACAUUCCUCAAGAAAGCAAUCAAAAAGGAGAAAAAAGAGUUCAAAUCAUUCACGACCACUUCCCAGGAUAAUAGUUAAGCCUCUGCCUCCUCCACCGCCACCAGAAAGUCGUGAGUGGACUGCGGCUACAUCGUACACUGAUUCAAAUACUAAUUCUAACAGACCGUCAACUAUGCGAGAGGUUUUAGCGAGCAUACCUGGCUUUUGCAUAAAACCAAGGAAAAGAAGUGGAAAGAAGCUGUCAACUGCUGCACAAUUACAGCAAACAAGAGAAGGCUGUAUUGACUUAGAAACACCUGACUCAAUAUUAGUAAACACAAAUAUAAGGGCAUUAUUAAACAAGCACACAUUUUCUCUUUUACCACCUUUAUACCAAUAUAAGUUAGGUCAAUUGCUGCCAAGUGUUGAUAGACCAAGUACUUCUGGAAGAUUAAGUUCAUCUAGUCUAAAUAAUGAGUUCUUUGCGAGAGCUUGCUUGGAAUGGCAAGACUGCCUUUCGGGUGGCGAGUUUACACCAGAAAAUCAACAGAAAAUGAAAACUGAAGCUGAAAAAGAGAAAAGCAAAAUUGAUCCAUGGAAAUUAAAACAUUUUGAACCCUUUUGGGGAGAAAAAUCUCGGAAAGAAAAAUCUUCAAUAAAUAUUAAUUCUGAAAGACCGUCAUUGAAAACAACCAUCAAAUUACGACCUACAGCUUCAAUAACUAGUAGCAGUACUGUACCAAAAAUUAAGAAGAGUAAAUCUUCAAGUACCAGUAAAAAAAUGAGGUCAGUAGGUGCAGUGACAAGGUCCUCUGCUAGGGUGGAAGAUACAAUUGAUGAAUCAGUUAGUGUUGGUUCAAAAUCUACAGUACCAGUCCCAGAUUUACUCCCUCUAAAACAUUUGAAAAACAAUAACCAAGGUUAUGUUGACUGUCAAUUAGAUUUCACCUUCUCAGAUUCAUCUUCUGCACCCAGAAUAGAAGAUUCAACACCUGUGGAUCCUUUAUUACUGCCUGAUGAAACUGAACGCAGUGAAAUAAAGCAAGAAUUGGACAUAAGUGUAAUAACUAUAAAAGAAACCAGCAUUUCCAAAGAUUGCAAAGAGGAGAAAGCAACUGAUUCAGAUACUAUCUAUCCUGAACCUACUAAAAGACUAAGUAGUGACAAUAGCGAUUACAGGUUCACUAAGAGAAUCAGGUAUGAAGAUGAUUAUGCCACUGAUAAUUCUAAUUUUCUGACACGGGAUGCGGAACAGCCAAGUAGCAACUGCUCUGACAAUGAAACAAUUUAUGGAAAUGAACCAACAUGUCAAAGUGUCGAGGUCAGCACCUUUCCUGGACAUGAUAAUGCUGAUACUAACAGUGAAGAUAGUAAGGCUACAACUUCAGCUUAUGAAUAUGAUGAAAGAAGUAUUUCAUCCAUGUCCAGUUUGAAAAUAGGAAGUCGCAUAAAUAAUGUUCCAAUUGUAAAUGAGACUUAUAAGAAUGAAAUUGAAUGUGAAAGUACAAUUGAAGAUGUAGAACACACAUCUGCUAGUCAAAAUAUAAACAAGGAUAAUAAAAAAGAUGUAAAUGCAAGUGAAUCUUGCAGAGAAAUUGUUAAAGAAGAAUUUAACACACAAAGGGAAUCUCCAUGUAACAAUCUGCCUAUCAAUAGUAUUGAAGAGCCUCAACAAAACAUUGAAUCUGUUAAACAUAUGGAAUGUCAGAGUGCAGAGACUAACACUGAUGAACAUUUAAAAAAUAAAACAAAUGAUGAAAUUAAAAAUGAAGAUAAAAAUAGACCUGAAGAUAACAUAACCUCGAAUUAUUAUGAUGACCACUUCAAAGAUGCAGAAUCAUUUAUAAUGGAGACAGGAGGCCUUUCCAUUCUAACUCCACAAACUGAGGAAAACAAAUAUACUCCUCAUCCUGAUCUAAUGGAACUGUCUUCAUACAUGAAUGAAACAAAUGUAACAGCUGUUGUAACAAUGCCAAUGAAUCAAAAUCCAUCAAUACCAAUGAUGGAAGUGUCAAAUUCUACAAUGGUAUCAUACCCUGAUGACAACAUGCAGGAUGCUGCAAAACCAAAAAACUCAGCUGUAUCAUGGAAGAAUGAAAAUGAUUGGACUAGCACCGAAAGUAUUAUAACGAUGCACAAUUUUUCAUGUGUAAACAAUGAAAAUUCUAAAUACGUUAGUGAAGAUUCUAAAGCGAGCUUGGAAGAUAUGAAUAUGAAUGAUGAAAAUUCUAUGUAUAAAGAAGAGAGGGAUGCAAAUUUUAACAUGGAAUCAUCAAACUCAUCGGAGAGUUGUCACUCUAUGAAGGAUUUGAAGCAAGAAACCGAGCCUGCUAAUAGCAUUGUUUCGAGCUCAACUGUAUGUAAUCCAACAAUUAAUUCUACUACGGUUACACAAAGUGUAAGAAGUACUGGGAAAAAAUCUAAAUCCGGAAAGGAAUCAAACAGAAGCCGUAGUUGUAACAAGGUGCCGCCGGGCGCAGUAAACUUGGAGCGCAGCUAUCAGAUCUGCCAGGCGGUGAUACAGAACAGCCCCAACCGCGACGCACUGCGCGGCCAGCUGCGGCCGCCGCCCGCGCUGCUCACCCGCCAGCCGCGCGCGCCGCGCCCGCCGCCGCCGCACCCGCACCCGCCCGUCAUGGUGCGACAGCUGCCGCCGCCCGUCGUACCACACACUGAGGUAAAUGAAAAUCGCUCAAAUAACAUGGGGCAAUAUAUCCUAGUACAAAGAACCCCUAACGUGAUACCUAGAGCGUCCAGUGCGCCGCCGUCAAAUCUAAACACGAAUGUUAACGUGUCGAGAUGUCGCAGCGUGGGCGCGGACGACGCUUGCGUGUGCAACUUGCGAGCCAUGAUACUCUGCAAGAAGUGUGGCGCCUUCUGCCACGACGACUGCAUUGGCUCCGCUGAGCUCUGCCUCACCUGCCUCAUACGCUGACCCCCGACUACCACUCUACACCACUCUACUAAAUCAUCUUCCCUAUAAGAGACUGCUUCAUGCUGUUAAGUGUAAAGUGCAAAGUGAAUGUGAACAGUGUUACAAAUGCAAGUAUGAAUGGAUCACAACUUUUUGGAAGAACUUAUCACAAAGUAAGAUUGGUGGUGCUAUGUGUUUCCAUGUAAUUCUAUAAGUACUUCUGUCUUUAAUUUUUUAAUUACCUGCUCAAAUCGGUCUUGGACGUUGAUUCUAUAACUUUUUAAAGCUUUUAAUUGCAAUGUAUAUAGUAGUAUGUAAAAAACUGUCAGUAAUUUUUAUAAUAUAGCACAACACAAUGGAUACUAGUGUUGUGAAUGAUAUAAAAUGAAUGCAUAGAUUAUAUAUUUACACAGAAUAAUCAUUUUUGUCUUUACAGUACACAAUUUAUUCAAUUCGCAUUUUAAAUACAUAUAAAAAUAAUAAUGUUAAUGUUUUACUAAAUAAAAACAUCUUAUUCAGAAAUUUAUACAAAUAACAUUAAAUACAUUGCACAAGUUGCCUAUUUUCAUAACCGUUAUCUGUAUGACAGUUUCAUUUAGGUAUAUCAUAGUUUUUUUUAGUAUAAGGGGAGUUUUUCAGUGUAAAAUUUCCCAUUAUUCAUGUUUUAAAUUAAGACUACUAGAGUGUUGUUAAGAGUACAUAGAUUAGCGUAAGCUAUUAUUGCCAUUAUAUUUUCAUCACAACACAUUAAUUUGUAAGUAAACUUAAGCUUUCUUUGGAUAUGCUAUAUUGCUAUUGGGAAUCAGAUAAUUGUAGUUCAAAUUAAACUUGCACUGAAUUCCCAUUUAUUGAUAUGUUUGUAUUUUAAGGUGUGUACAAAUAUUUAUUGACAUGAAAGGCUGAAGGAUAAACAUCGGAAGGAUUUGGAUGGAUCAAACUGUGGUUUUGAUAAGUAAACUAGUUUAUCACUUGUUACUUUAAGUUUUAUGUCGCGUAAACUAAUACAACAUUAAGUUAUAAAAUAUAUUGUAUCAUUUUCUAUAGGAUUUUGCUACUGAUUUUUUAAAUAUCACUCAACGUAAAUUACACUUUAUACAGAAAUAAUUAUAUUAGAAUUGUUAAAUCUCUUUUUUGAUCUCUAUAUAAUAUACUUUACAUAACUUUUACUAUCAUUUAAAAUUCUUUUUCAUUAUGGGCCAGAUAAACUGUUUUAAUAUAAUGUUAAAAUUAAUAGAUUUUUGGGACUUUAACCAAAACUAAUUGAUUGAAUUUGGCCCCAACUAUUCAAUAAUAAUUAUAUCUUUGAUUAUGGUAUUGAAAAUAAGUGAAAAGUCCUUUUAUUCGUAUAUCGUACAAAUACAAAUGUGUGUGUAAUGAUUGCUCCAUGUUUUGUUUGUUUUAAAUUUAAACUUUUUUUAUUUGGAGCAACUGGA